GCCUGGGUAUUCUUGCGGGUACGGAAACGAAAAUGAGAGCGUCAUGGAGUCUUUUCGGAGUGUAUCAAACGUGCAGAGGCAGACAGCGCGCCGUGUAUACAGCCAUGUUCCAAGAUGAUGCCUCAUCAAAGGACCGCGCGUUGGGAAAACAAUAGGGCAAAAUGGUUGAGGCUCUGUGAGAUGGAGUCUCUGUUCGGUGGGGAGCUAGGCCUGCUGGGCGGAGGUGAGGGUGGGGGCCUGAAGGAAGAUGGCGGCUGUGGCGGCGUGGGCUGGCGGGGCUCACCCUCCCCCGAGGACAUGUACUCGGCCUCCAACUUCGCCCUCAUCACCGCCUACCAGGAGAUCAAGAGCCGCCUGGCAGGCCUGGAGCGCGAGAACAGCAGCAUCAAGCGCAAGCUCAAGAUCUACGAGAUAAAGUUCCCCAUGAUCAGUGAGUUCGGGGAGGACCGUAACUCCUACUGCUCCUUUGAGCCCAAAGAGACCGCCCUGCUGCAGUCAGAGAACGGCAACCUGCAGCAGAGAGUCAACAUGCUCACACACGAGCUCCAGAAGAGUAAGGAGCGCGAGGAGCAGCUGGAGGAUGUCAUCCAGGCGUACGAGAAGAUCCACAUGGAGAAGACCAACCUCCAGAGAGACCUGGACAAGAUGACGUCUCUGGUGGAGAAGCACGUGGAGCGGAUCCACAGUCUGGAGGUGGCCCUGCGUCAGCGCGAGAACUCCCUGCACAAGCUCAACUCCCAGCUGCACAGUAAGGACAUGCAGUACCUGCAGCUGCACGCCAGCCCGGACACACACAUGCUGGACUGUCCGGCACUGACCCUGCAGAGCUCCCGUAGUCUGGACGCGCUGUCCGACCUGAAGCUGCAGCAGCUGGAGGCGGAGCUGGAGGGGGCGAGGCACGAGGCCGAGGGGGCGUGUCAGCGGGAGAAGGAGCUCAAGGCCCAGUGUGAGCGCAUGCAGGACGAGCUCCGGGAGCUGCAGGACGAGCUCCGGGAGCUGCAGGACAACCAGAGAGAACGCGACAUGAGCUCCACCUGUGCCCAGUGUGACGUCGAGUGGAUCAAGAAGGUCGGGGACGAACAGGUGAACCUGGCCCUGGCCUACACAGAGCUGACCGAGGAGCUGGGCCGACUGCAGGCCCUCAGCUCCAAGCAGACGGAGAUCCUGAGGAAGGUGUCCCAGGAGCAGGCUAGCCCGGUUCAGCGCCACUCACCCAUCCCCCAGCGGCACUCGCCCGUGCCCCAGCGUCACUCCCCGGUGCCCCAGAGACGAUCCCCGGUGCUGCAGCGGCUCUCCCCGGACAUGCACCGCCGCUCGCCCUCCCCCUUCGCGGAGCUCAGCGACGGGCCGGCCUCCUACUCCUGCCGGCCGCCCACGCAGCACCUCCGCGCCAGCUUCCAGGGUCGGAGGAGCUACUCGGAGGUGGCCGACCCGUCGGCGUACCAGCGGCCGCCACGCUUCACCCUGGACCCGGUGUCCACCCUGCCCAAGCCGCGGCCCUAUGUGGAUGGCUACCAUAAGCAAGGAGGGCCGCAGCAAGGUCAGCAGCAGCAGCAGCAGCAGGGAGGCUCCCACCCGGGCAUGCAGCUGGUGGGCGGUGGGGAGGGUGGCAGUGGCGGCGGUGGUGGUGGUGGUGGUGGUGGCGGGCGGAUCGAGUCUCCGCGCCACUCGCCGAGGGAGCUGGGCCUGUCGCUGGCCGAGGUGUCGCACCUGCGCUUCGAGCCGCAGCCGCCCACGCCGCCGGCCCCGCUGCACCCCGCGCCGCAGCCGCCGCAGUCGUCCGAGGACGAGGAGGAGUGGAGCUGCCCGCACCCCAUCAGCCCCGCGCGGACUCUCGGGGCGUCCGGGGUCUCGGUGGUGUCUCCCGGGGUCAUGAGGGGUCCGGCGUCCUGCUCGGCGUUCCCUAUACCAUCACGGCCAAACACGCUCUGCCCCCAAGCAUACUUACAUGCAGAGCAUGCCCAGUCCUGGCCCUCCAUCAACCUGUGGAUGGAGACCGAGGAGGAGACCGACAUGCGAAGCUGCCCGCUGUGCCAGCUCAUCUUCCCCAUGGGCUACCCCGAUGACGCCCUGAUCAAGCACAUCGACUCGCACCUGGAGAACAGCAAGAUCUGACCCAUCGUUCUCUCCAAGCACCCUCCCCUAUCUCCCACCUCUUCUACUCUCUCUCUCUCUAUCUCUCUCUCUCUCUCUCUCUCUAUAUAUCUCUCUCUCUCUCUCUUUCUCUUUCUCUUUCCUUCUUUCAGUUUCAUCUUCUAACCAUCAUUGCGAAAAUGGCUUUUCUGCCCCCGCCUGUCGCCUGUUUAAUUGUGUUUUUCUGGGUGCCUUUGGACAGAGAUUAGGUUCCUGUGGUUCCGCUGGAGAUUGGAUUGAGGGGGAGAUAAGGCUGUUGUAGUGGUGGUGGAAUCCAGUUGUAAAGAGGUGAGCAUGAGCAUCCUGGAAACUGAGUGAGUGAGUGCACAAUAACACUCCGCAAGCCGUGGGAGGACUCUGAUGAAGAUCACUGAAAGCCACAGUGUGAUGUGACACCCCCCCACACACACACACACAAACACACACACACACACACACACAGAUUGCUGCAGCUUUCGGGAACCCUGCAUUAUCUCUCUUCGAUCAGGAUUCUCCUAAAGCCCCCGUCAGCCAUGCAGAGGCAGCACUCUCCGCUGUGGGUCUUUAUCAGCAGUAAAGCACACUCCGUUGAUGGCUAGACUGCCAGGGAGAACACAGAUUAUCUGCCGUGGCUGAUGAUUAGCCUGGUUUGGUUGGCUUUUUGUUUUAGCUCCAUAUGAGCUCUAUGAAGUUCUGUACCUGAUUGUGCAGCGUACUGUGAGAGGAAAAAAAGCCCCAUAUUGAUUUGUCCCUGACAGAAAACCUAAUUUUUGUUUCUAAGUGAAGCUGCCUUUCAGGACUGCUCAAAACCCCAUGAAUUGUAGUUUUUACUAAAGGGUGUUUCUUAGCAUUGAAAACAAAACAAUGACUCACCCCACCCCCACCACAGGGACAAAUGGUUUCACCCACCAGUAUCCUUUUGCAUCUGAGAGUGCAAAAGCAUCAGGUAGGGCCUCCGGCGUCAGCACCUUAGCUGUGUGAGCUGCUGUCAGUCAAUGUUCUGAUUGUAGAUGUGAAGACAGGUGUCCUGCAGGGCGAGCACCGUUGCUAUAGUAACCGCAGUCAUUUUGAUUGGGUCCAAAGUUGUGUAAAUCCAGUUGCUGCAUUUGCAGGUGGAAAAUUAUUUCAUUAAAUUUGUUUUAUUUAUUUAUUCAAAAUCACAGCACUUUACCCAACCCACGACCACAACCCCCACCCCCUUUGCUUUUGCACCCUAAGAAAAGGGUCGACAUUGUAACCAAUGAAGCAAAAAAGUCAGAUAGUUUAUUUUUUGAAAGAGAAACUCUCCAAAUUAUUUUCCCGUAUGUUUCAUAGGAUUGUAGGACUUUUUUUGAACUACCAACUAGAAUGAGGUACCAUAGGAAGUAGACACAAGUUACUGAUAGCAUUUGCAUGUAAUAUUUCAUCCAUUGUUUCCACUGUACGUCUUCCUAAAGAUCUCUCCAUAAAACAAGCUUUGACAUGAGACCUCCAACAACAAUCCUGUGUGGAGACCGAAAGGAACCUGAACAAACAACACCAAAAAAAAAAAAAAAUUCUCAUUGUGUAUGUCCCUGUCAUGUAUGUUCAAUAGUUGUUAGAUUCCUGUGAAACUAUGUCAUCAACAGGACAGAUAAUCACCACAAAUAUUUUUAAUAUAAAGAAAUGCUGUUAUGAAUAUGAUGUACGUAAUUGGUACUUAUGCUGAGUCAUAGGUUAUGGUUUAGACACAGAUAGUUGUGCAUAUAAUCAUUCCAUCUGAAAAAGCAUUCAGUCAACAGGAAAUAAGUAUGUUGUAGUGAUUUAAAAAAACAAAUGUAUCGAAAAUGAGAAUAUUUAUCAUUACAAAGUCCUCAAAGCAUUUUAAUACUCUGAAACGUUUAAAAACUAUCUUUUCAAAUAAAUCUGUACACAUUA